GACACCUUUCACAACCAGUUGAUCUUUCUUCAGCACAAUCCAGCAUCACAAAAUGAAUACUGUGUUUGCCAUCGUUUUUCUCGGCCUUUUGGCUUACUCACACGCUGGUUUUCUGGCUGCUCCUUAUGGCGCUGCCGUUGCUCCUUACCACCUGGCUCCUGCCGGAGAAAUCACUGGUGCCAUCGGCGCUGCCCAGGGAAGGUAUGCCGCUGCCCAAGGUGCUUACGCUGCCGCCCAGGGUAAAUUCGCCGCCCUUCAGGGAGUUGCUUCUGCCAAGGAAGGUCACCUUCUUCGUCACGGAUAUGGCUAUGGUCCCGGUUUGACCUAUGCUGGUCUUGGAUACGCUGCUCCUCACCACUACGGCUACGCUGGUGCCUAUGGCUUGGGUCUGGCCGGUUAUGGUUAUACUGGUGCCUACGGUCUUGGAGUCGCUAAAGCCCUAAUUCAUUAG